UCUUGUUCUCCGUCGUGUCCUUUGUUUUUGUUAGCCCACAAGUUCUGCUCUUCUUCUACAACCCAGAAUCUUUGUAUCUUCGGAAAAAGCUUUGUUCUUCACUUUUGAACAAAGUGUACAAAAGCAAUGGCGGGUCUCAAGAGAAAAAGAGCAACCCAUGAUGAGAUAAUAGUUGCAGACGAUUUUGCAGAUCAUGCAGAUCAUUACUUGACAGUUUCACUAAGUGGCUGCGAGUGGGUUCGAGGGCCGAUGCUCGGCCAAGGCGGAUUCGGGUCGGUUUAUUUGGGUUUCGUGAAAAAACCCAGGUUGUGUUUGAAGGGUGUGCCGAGGAUUGUGGCCGUGAAAUCGACAUUGGCCUCUCAGGCGCAUGAUCUGAUGGGGGAAGAUAUUCUUCUUUACAUUUUUCGUCGCUGCCCUUUUGUUAUCAACUGCUAUGGAGAGGAUGAGACGAUUGGCGCUGAUGGCCGUCAUUUAUUCAAUGUGUUCUUGGAGUACGCGGAUGGAGGAACAAUGGCGGAUUUGAUUGAGAAAUCAAGGGGUUUUGGGUUGCGUGAAUUCCAAGUCAGAAAGUAUACUGAGUCGAUUUUGAAAGGGAUUAAGUACAUCCACGAAAGGGGUUUUGUGCAUUGUGAUCUAAAGCCUGAGAAUAUUCUGCUUGUGUCUGAUACCGCUGGUUCCUCUGGUGGUGCUCGUUUUGUGCCGAAAAUUGGAGACUUGGGGCUCACAAAGAAGGCAAAUCAGAAGUGGGAGAAGCCUUCCUUUGGAGGCACACCAAUGUAUUUGUCUCCAGAAGCUGUGGUUUAUGGAAUUCAACAGCAGCCUUCUGAUAUUUGGGCGUUAGGUUGUGUUGUGCUGCAAAUGUUAACUGGGAGGCAUCCAUGGGAUUUCACACCUGGCGCCGUAUUUGACGUUCGGGACCUGUUAACUGCCCUGCUUGCUUCAAGAAUUCCUGCCAUUCCUGGUUGGUUAUCAAAAGAGGCUAAAGAUUUCUUGCAAUGUUGCUUUAUGUGGAACACUUCAGAGAGGUUUACUGCUGCUAUGCUCUUGAACCACCCAUUUGUGACUAAACUGGAUAAUGGGGUUGGAGACGUUAAACCAAUUAAGCAAGUGUCUUCUGCAGUGGCUUCCUCUGUUCCGGAUUGUCCUAGCUUCAUACCCCUUGGAAGUUGGAAGUCUGAAGAUGCUGAGGAGAUAGCUCAAGAAAAUGUUGGUUUUUCUGAACAGGAGAUUCUUCCUCUGAAGCUCAUGUCAAGGCAUGUGGUUCCCAGCCCAAAACCAUCAACUUUUGCUAUAAUGGGUGCAGCUUAGCUUAGGUUUAUUGUUUACAUAUGAAACUCAAUUGUAUUUUAUGAAAGCCUUUUUCAUGAACUGGUGUAAAUUGUAAUACAUCAUUAUUCUAUUGAUUUUUUUGUACUCAUAGAGAGCUAAUAAUGGAAAUAUGCCACUUUGAUCUCUAUUUCUGGGUUCCUUUUCAGUUUUGUCUUGCUGUUUCACUGAUGUACUUUAUCGCACUAUAUUGGCAAGUUUGAAAUCCUUUUUCAUGAACUGGCGUUAGGUUUCUCUCUUUUUCACUCUGCAAGUUGAAGUAGGGUUACAUUUCUGCGGGUAAUUCCCUUACUUCCAAGUCCUCU